CGUGUGAUUAAAUUCAACAGGCACGUUUAACAGCCUUCGCAAACACCUGUCCGGGAAUGUACCGUUUCCAGUGGGGAAUAUUGUCAUUUCCUUUGUUCGAUAUGUUCUGCAAUGAAAAUAGACGAGUUGGAGCAUUUCUAUAGUGUUAAUAAAUCUGCCUGUCAUCGGGUUCACUUGAAAGAAACCCAUACCGGUGGAAAAUUAAUGAUCGCUUCGAAUUCGAGUAAAAGAGUAGGUGCGUGAUAUUUUGCAGCUAUCUUCUUACACUUUGUCUCCACAAGGCGUGUCCAAGAAACUGAGAUGAAACCGAGACAUCGAGAUAAUUUAUUUGUUGUGAUAAAACCUACUUGAUGUCUUAUCUGGUGAUUACGUGUUACGUAUUGUUUUUUACCUUACUAAGGAAAUAACAUUCACUUUUCUUGAUGAAGUUGCCUUUUAAAUGAUUAAAAGUCAUCGAUUUCUGCAACUGCUGUGUGCAAAAUUUGCGUUUGUGUACAAUUAAACGAGCGACGUCAAAAUUGAUCUCGUAUUUUUGGAUUAACCGGAAUGCUCAACUAAUUAUGCUAGAGGACGACGUCUUUGAAGAAAACUGUCUAACUGAAGGCGGCACGUCAUGCCGGUCUGGGAAUUCUCUUCGACGCCGAGCGCUCAUUAAGAAUUGUCUGGCAAAGGCUCUUUAUGACAAUGUCGCCGAAGCUCCUGAUGAGCUGGCCUUCCGCAAAGGUGACAUCCUCACCGUACUGGAGCAGAACACCAACAGUUUGGAAGGGUGGUGGCUGUGCUCGUUACGGGGGAGGCAAGGAAUCGUGCCCGGGAAUCGUCUGAGGUUACUUCCUGGCAUGUACGACCCGACCGGCCUUGGCAAUAUCGGAAACCUUGGAGCAAACGAUACAUCACAUGCUCUGCGGAGGAGUUGGGCCUCCAAUCCAAACAAGGUAGUGACUCCACAAAAAGUAGGAGGAGUUUACCUUUAUGAUGUUCCUGUAGGAGCAAAAAUUAAUGAGAGGAAUGAAGCUGUUAAAUCAUCGUCUCCUGUACCACGUUAUAUGGUGCCUGGAAGUAAUCAAGGAAGUUAUGAUACUCCUACUUCUAAGCCUAUUCUUGCAGAAGCUUAUGAUGAACCAAAGCCUCAUCCAUGUCGAUCUCCUGUUCCAGCUUCCUCAAUGUAUGAUUCUCCUAAAUCAAAUGCACCAGUUUCUGAAAAAGAGCAGCUAGGUAUUCAUGAUUAUGACAUUCCAAGUGCUGAUCAAAUUACUACUUAUGAUGUUCCUAGAUCUGCUGAGAAAGAAAUUGGCAACAACAUUUCUCAUAUUAUUACUAUAUCUGAUAAUUAUGAUGUACCUCCAUCUGCUUAUAAAAGUAGCCCUCCAAUUUAUGAUGGCCGGGCCUUCAGCCGUUCAAGCAACGAUACUUCUGGAAGUUCUUCAUUCCGAUCUCCCUCAGGAAGUCAUUCAAGUAUUGAGACUUUGUCCUUAUCCAGUGUUGGUGGAUCCAACCGCUCUAGCUUAGAACAACAUCCAAAUGAUGUGUAUGAUAUUCCUCCUGAACCACAGCCUGUGAAUGAAACCCGCUUGCCUAAUCAGCUUCGCAUUGGUGGUGUUUGUGUACCUUUUCAAGGCAGCUUAGCUCAAGAAACUUAUGAUGUACCUUCUAAUAACAUGCCAGCACAAUUCUAUGAUACUCCAGUUAAGCAAACAAAGCCUCCUGUUGCAAUGGAUGGUGUUUAUGAUAUACCACCCCAAGCAGUUAGAGACUCUAGUCCAUUACCGAAAACAGACACAGUGGAUUCUGUGCAUCAAGUCACUGCUGCUGCUUCUAAUCUUCCCAGUGAGAAAAAUGAAAAUUUAUUACCAGAUUGUUCUGAACUACUGUUAGAUCGAGAAUCUGCUGUUGAAUUACUUAUGAAGUAUCAACAAGAAGUUCAGAGCUCUAUAUCGAAACUCUUCAGUUUUGUGAGCACGACUUGGCGCAAGUAUGAGAAUAUGGAAGCCAAAUUGCCUGAAAUUCAAAUCACUUGUCAUAAAUUGCAGUGUUCGUUAGUUGAUUUGUUUAAUUUUGCACAAGGAGCUUUGGCAAAUUCUACUCAUGCUGCUGACAAAUCUCUGUGCUUUAAAUUGAACAAAUUAGUGAAACCAAUAAAAGAAUCAUGCACCACUGUUAAAACUUGUGUGCAAGCCUUAGAUGACAAAGGUUGGAUAGCUUCAAAGCUUGCUUACUCAGAUGAUUCCUCAUUACCUGAUGAAUUAGAUACACUUGUUGCUUGUGCUAAAAAUCUUGUGGAAGAUGUACGUCAGGUGACUUCACUGAUCCUAGGAAACUCAACGCUUCUUUUCAAAAGUCAGCAAACUAUAACUGAUAAACCUAUUAAACCACCUGUAGCUCCUAAACCUAACCUAAAAGCAAAACCUACAGGUAAAGUGCAAGAGAGACCAUUACCUCCAACACCUGCUAAUUUGCUGAAAACUCAAAUUAGCACUGGGGAAUACUUCAACGAAUAUGACUAUGUUAACUUAGAAUCAAAAGAAACUGUUGAAAAAGAAAACGAAUCCAUAAAAGCUGCCUUGCCUAAGGAUAUGUGUCAGUCUUUUGAUGAACUUGUAAAACAGUCUGAAGUCCCUGUGGUCAGUCAUUCUGAAAGUACUACAGACAUUGCACCUCCUGAAAAAUGUUUGUCCCCUUUGGACCCCAAAGACCUUCAGAUUUUAUCAUUUUACAGUGUACAGCUUGAAACACAUAUCACGCAUUUAACUAAUGCCAUUGAUGCCUUCUUGAUGACUAUUAAAAACAACCAACCUCCCAAAGUAUUUGUAGGACAUAGUAAGUUUAUAGUAAUCGGUGCUCAUAAAUUAGUGUACAUAGGAGACUCUGUGCAUCGUAAUCUCACUAACUCUGAGCUUAAGACUCGAGUGAUGCAUAAUUCCAACAGCUUAUGUGACUCUCUGAAAACACUGGUGGCCAGCACGAAGAAGGCGGCCACGGAAUUCCCAUCAGUAGUGGCAGUACAAGAAAUGGUGGACAGUGUAGUGGAUGUAUCGCAUUUGGCAAAUAAUCUCAAAAUGUCAAUAGUACAGGCUUCAUAAGUUUAUAUAAUUCAUUGUGAAAAAUUAUUUAUCGUGUCAAAUUUAUACUUUAGGGGGCCAAUAUAUCAUGAGUUGAUUUGAUAAAAUGGGAAACUGUUUGCCUGUUUUGAGAUUGCACCAUUUCUUUCACUGCAUGAAAAUUUGUGCCCGAUUAUAUGUACCAUAUUGAAAUUAUGAGAGUAAAUUGCUCAUAUGCUGUAGUCAUGUAUUUAAUAAUCUGUAAUUAACUGUGCUAUAUAGGUGCUAAACAAAGCCUUUGCUAGGUGAGCCGGUUCUCCCUUAUAAGUUUAAGUACCCCUAGCUCUAAUGUUCCUGUACAUAUUUAUGCUAAAAGUUUUAUUUUAUUAUUUUUCUUUUAUAUCAUUCAUUGCAAACUGAAUAAAAUGUAUUUAUUUUGCAUAGGACAUAGGCUUACUCAGGCUUAUAUCUUAUGAGAAUCUUUUUUCUUAUCUUCAAGGAUUAAUGUUUUCAAAGUUGAGUUUUUCCCCUGCAUUUUUCCCAACCAUUUAGAACCUAUUAGAGUAAUAAUAGCAAUCUCACAUUGUAGAGAAACCCUUGUAGAGGUUAAUAAAUAAUAACGAUUAAGAUAAUUUAACUGCUUUUUGCUCAUUGACUGAGUAUUUUCUUUAUAUGUCUUUCCAAAUGCUUUAAGUAUUUUUGUAGAUUUUAUUUCCUGGCCAAAUUAUCAUUUCUAAAAGAAAACAUCAAAAGAUAUUGCAUAAACACAAAAUGUUAAUCUUUUUUUUAACAAGAAUGAUUUUCUCUCAUUGUUGAAGAUAUUGGAUGCUAUUCCUACCGUAAAUAUUUGCUGGUUGAGAUUUCUGAAGUGUGGGGAAUGCCGUACUAAUAUCCAUCCAUUCAAAUAGCAGUUUUAUCUUACAAUAUUCAUAAAAUAUUUUUAUUUUAUUACAUUUAUAAAAAUAAUUUAGAUUUUUUUUACAUGUAUAAAAACAAACAAUUUUUUUUAUUACAUAAAAAAAAUGAAAAUAAAAAGAUGCUCUAAAGCAGCUAUCUUUUGUUUUUAAUUUAUUCAAAUGUAUCUAUAUUCUAUUUGUAUAUGUAGGUUCAGUAAAUGAGACCGUGAAAGACUCUUCAUUUUUUGCUUGAAUUUUUGUGCGUUUGUUAUCGUUUAUAAAACAAAUGGCACCAACAGCCAAUUCAAAUUUGUUCAAUGCUUCCCUCUGUUGUUUCAUGUUCAAGAAUUAACGUGCAUUCUUCAACAACCAUUUAAUAUUUUUUAACCUAUUAUUUACAAAUAUGGCUUCAAAGUCAUCAAUAUCGGACUUUCCCCUCCCCCCAUUGAAGAAUUAAUUGUAUGGUGCAUCUAAUAUCUUCUAUACUGACUGAAAUGAAUUAUGAACAAAAGAUGGAGAUUAUUUGAAAACAUUGUGUAUUCAUAAUAUUCUAGUACAUUAUGUUGAGAUUCUUUUUUUUUUUAAUAAAUAAUACCUAUCAUUUUAAAUCCCACAAUAAGCUUGGCAAUUUUCAGCUACCUUCUCCUUUUAAGUAGCUUAGAUAAACUUUCAUAACCGUAGAAGUUACCUUUCAAAUAAUACAUUGGAAAGCAUUCCAACUGUUUAAAUACUUUUUUUUUUUCUCACUUGAAAUAAGGCAUCUAUAUAUAUAUAUACAUAACCUUUUGGAAUGAAUAACAAUGAAGAGCAUCUAUUCAGGAAUCCUUUGCAGCCCAAAUAUAAGUAACACCUUUAUCAGUACAAACUGAAUUGAAAGUUUAUACUUAGAAAAUGUGUUAACCAGAUCUGCCCAAGUCAUUGCCCGUGAUUUUUUUUUUAUGAAGGCCACUCUAUAGUUUGGAAAUAUAAGCAGCUAUUUUUUUAAAGUUUUAUUUAUUUGAAAUUUUUUAUAUAAGUUUUGGUCAUUGAUGUUUGUUGUAUGAAACGAAUUUCUGGGGCAUUUAGGAAUACCUUCUUUGCUAUUGAGUACUCGCAUAAUUAAAUCCUUAUAAUGGUCUUUAUGUUUAUACUUAUUAUAUAAUCAAAUUUUUUUUUAUGAUAUGAAAUAAUACUUAGAAUAAAUAUUCAAAAAAUAUCCAAACAUAUUAAGUUCUGAACUAUAUGUUGCAUGAUAUUCUAUUGUAUAGUUUUAACCAGAAUUCUAGCUUGUAGUAAUAGUUAUAAUUUUUGUGUAAACAAUUGUGAUUGCACAUAUACUAUUGCUUCAUGAAAAUACAGAAACAAUUUCAAUUUUCUAAUAAUCAGGAACUGCUUUCAAUCCUUUCAUUUGCAAGAUUUAAAAGUUAUCAAAUUUCUUGCACCAAGAAUUUAAGUAUUUAUUAUAGCUUGAGUAUUUUAAGAAAUUGAAAUGCAAGCAUAUGCUUCAUAUCUUGCUAUGAAAAUUAGGAUGUCUUUUGAAUAUGGUAUUUUUAUUACAUUUUUACUCCAUUAGGUGGAAUAUAUAACCUGCUCAUUAAAUUUAUGGCACCUUGAAAUUGUUCUUCUUUCAGGAAUUGUUCUUCAAUUUGUCUUGUUACAAAAAAUUGGAGAGUCUAAAAUUGUAAGAAUAAUUUUUUAAUUCAUUAACUAUUCUCUGAAAGUAAUGUUAGAAACAAAUUCCUAGAAAUUAUAAACUGCUGAUUGAAGUUGUGGAAUUGUUAAAAGAUCCUUAUUGAAUUUUAAAAACGCUCAUUAAAAUUUUUCUUAAGUGUUCAGGAACUUUUUAACUGAUAAUUUAAAAUCUUGAGAGAAAGGUUGUAGAUUGAAGUAUUAAAUUUUUCUUAUUAUUGUAUAUUUAUUUUUCCCCCUAUGCAUAUUUUUAAUUCUGAUCAACCUUUGAAGCUUAACAUUGUGAUCUCUGCAAUGUACUUGGGCAGUUCUGUGUGAUUGAAUGACUUACACUUAAUACAGAUGCAUUCCACGUUCGUUUUGUAUGCAAUUUUUGCGCCAUUUUCUCACUUGAUGAUGUUUUUAAGUGAAGAUGACUGUUUUUAUAAGGUAGCAUAUUUUGUACUUUACUAAUAAAUUUAUAGGAUUCUUUACAAGACACUUUUUAGAUAUUAAUUGUAUUUAGCUUAGUAUUUUUUCUUUUGUAAUAUUUUACGCUGUUAUAGUUUUAUUGUUAUUUGUUAAGAGCUCAUUAUUUCUUUGACUGCUAUCAAAAUCUAUUUAGCAAACUCUUGCAUGGUUGUUUUAUUUUAUAUUUCUUAUUUGAUUCUUUUUAUUAAUUCUAAAGGCAGAUAUAUUUAGGCAGUUAAAGCAGCUAAAUUUAUUUUUAAAAUUAUUUGGCAAUAAUAUUAAUUUUUAAAAAAAUCUUUGUUUUAUCAUUUCCUGAUCAAAUGCAAACAUCAAUUCUCUGGUGAUUUUGAAAAGUGUGAAAAUCAGAUUGUAUAAAGUGUUAUUAAAUUUGAUGGAACUUGCACAAAUUCUAUAUUCAUUUUUUAAAAAAGGUUUUUAAUGAAUGAAUUUCCGUUUUCACUUUGUGUUCAUUAUUUUUUAAAUUAGAUGAUUAUUGAUUAAAAAUCUUAAAUCAGUGAUGGAUUCAGAAAUUUGUAUCUUUUGUUAAAGGGGUGAAAAUUUGCACAUGAAUAUUAAUAUUCUGCUACCCCUAUAAAAUCCAUCUCUUUCUGAUUUAAUGUAUUUAUUUUUAUCAAAUCUUUCUAUCGUCAACAAAAUGAAUGUAAGAGAAUUAUAUAAUCAUUCUGUAAGAAUUUUUUUGUGACUUUUAUUGAUGAAAACGAUGUCUAAACGAAUAAAAACCAU